AGCAAGCCUUUUGCAAGAACCUUGGGUUGUUUCGUUGCAAGCCACCACACAACAAAACAGGAGGAGGAGGAGGCACAAACCUUCAUUUUCACAAAGCCUUUAUAUUUUCAGGUUUUGUGUCUCCUCUGAGUAAGUUAAUUUGAUAAAGUAGAGAGAAAAAGGGUGGCAAUAUGGAGUACGAGACUAACAACUGGAUUUGGGAUGGUGUGUAUAACCACCCACAUGUAUUUGGAGGUUUAAUGCUCACGGCUGCCUUGCUAGGCUUGUCCACGAGCUAUUUUGGUGGAAUUUCGGUCCCUCAGUUGCCUUACUUAUGGCCGGAUUCGGGGAUUUUCCAUAAGAAGAAAUCUGAGAAGAAGCGCAUUCGGGUGUACAUGGAUGGGUGUUUUGAUCUCAUGCAUUACGGCCAUGCCAAUGCUCUGAGGCAAGCCAAGGCUCUGGGGGAUGAAUUAGUGGUUGGGGUUGUUAGUGACGAAGAGAUCGUUGCCAAUAAAGGACCCCCUGUUUUAUCCAUGGAAGAGAGAUUGGCUCUUGUAAGCGGGUUGAAGUGGGUGGAUCAAGUCAUAGCCAAUGCUCCUUAUGAAAUCACUGAGCAAUUCAUGAACAAGCUCUUCAAUGAGCAUAAAAUUGACUACAUCAUACAUGGUGAUGAUCCUUGCCUGCUUCCAGACGGAACGGAUGCUUAUGCCUUGGCAAAGAAAGCUGGUCGCUACAAACAAAUCAAGCGCACUGAAGGUGUCUCCAGCACCGAUAUUGUAGGGAGGAUACUUUCUUCUUUAAAGGAGACAAAUGAUACAUCUUCACAUGGAGAUACUUGUGAAGAAAGUCAAUCCAAGAGUGCCCAAUUAUCUCAAUUUCUGCCAACAUCCCGAAGAAUUGUGCAAUUCUCCAAUGGAAAGGCUCCUGGACCAAAUGCUCGUAUUGUGUACAUUGAUGGGGCAUUUGAUCUCUUUCACGCUGGACAUGUUGAGAUUCUGAAGAAUGCUAGGCAGCUUGGAGACUUUUUACUAGUUGGCAUCCACAACGACUACACUGUGAGUGAACACAGGGGGAAGCAUCCAAUAAUGCAUUUACACGAACGUAGUCUUGGUGUGCUGGGUUGUCGCUAUGUUGAUGAGGUCAUCAUAGGUGCUCCUUGGGAAAUUACCAUGGAUAUGAUAACAACUUUUAACAUUUCAUUGGUGGUGCAUGGGACAGUUUCCGAGUACAACUCCUCGUUUACUGGUGAAAGUGAUCCUUAUUCUGUUCCCAAGAGCAUGGGGAUUUUCCAAGUACUUGAAAGCCCAAAAGAGAUCACAACAACAUCAGUAGCCCAGAGGAUAAUUGCUAAUCAUGAUGCUUACCUGAAACGCAACGCCAGGAAGACAGCAAGUGAAAAGAAAUACUAUGAACAGAAGAAAUAUGUCUCAGGAGACUAGCUUUUGUAUAGUUCUCAUGGGGUAAAAUAGUGAAGUUCUUCCAUCCACAGCACCCAUAGAAGAGGUGCAGUUGUUGAGGCUAUAGAAAAUGCCAUUUGUGUUUGCUAAAAGCUUUGGAAGAGAAUAGAAGGAACGACAUGGAAGAUUGCUCAUCAGACUUCCGUGUAGCUCUUCGUUUUCCUGUUGCGGUCUCUCUGUAACAGUAUUUAUAGAUGCGAACCUCAAUAAUGUAUUAACCUCAGUCAGGCUCCCUGUGCAUAUUUUUGUAAUCAACACUUGGGUGCUUACACUUCUCCCAAUUAUUAUGUCAUUGUUCAUGAUUUUGAUUCAUUAAAAUUACGUCCUCUUUGCUCUUC